UCUGCACGUGGGUCAUCCAUUGGAGGCCUGCUUAAUUAGACGUGCCUCCAAUGAAUAAUGAGAGUUGUACAUUUGUAUCCAGCGGGGAGUUAAUAUAUUGGUGACGAGGCAAUUCAUGGACAGGUGAUUGAUGAGCAUUGGCGGAUGGUGGCAAUUCAUGAAUAAGGCGAUAUCUGCUUUGAGAAAGGGUCGCGGGCUACCCCGCCUCCCUCACCGCCUCCACCACCUCUCCCCCCACCCUCUCCACGUGUCAUGUAUCCCAGCCGAUCAUGCGGCAGUGCUCGGGGGAACGGCCCCUCCGCCGAUCACUCUGGGAGUCCCCAGAAUCGCUGCCAUUCUCCAGCAGCAGCAGGCGCAUCCUCGGCUGCGCACGCCCUGCAUCCUGCCCGGCAUCCCCUCGGCAUGGCGCUGUCACUGGGAUUCGGCCGCGCCCUGCUGCGCCGGAAGGCGGACGCGAGGGAUGUGCUUAUCGAGCGCAGGAACCUGGUGACCGUGUGCCGGUUUGCAGUCAAGGCCUUGGUGGAGAGGGGAGGCCUGGAGCCUGUGGGCGACUCCUCCGAGGAGUUCGUCAACUUCGCGGCCAUCUUGGAGCAGGUGCUUAGCCAUCGCCUCAAAGGGCAGCUGAGCUGGUUCGGCUACGAGAUGCCGCGCUGCUUCUGGGAUUACGUCCGCAUUGCGUGCCAGAGGGUGCCGCACAACUGCCUGGCGAGCGUGGAGAGUAUGGAGCACGGCGGCGGCGGCAGGGCCAAGGGUCGAGCCUGGAUCCGAAUGACCCUGAUGGAGAAGCGCCUGGGCGAGUACAUCUCCUCCGCCCUGCGCGACGUCAAGACCACGCGGAGGUUUUAUGGAGAAGGAGCAGCCAUGCUUGGAGAUGAAGCCCUUCUGCUGGCUGGAAUGUUCUUGGCCCUCAACUCAAUUGAUUUCAGCUUUUGCCUGAAGGGAGAGGACCUAGCGAAUGAGAACAACGCAGUCAUUGACUACACCCCGUACUUGAAAUACACGCAGAGCUAUGGAACGAUCAGCAGCGAAGGCGACGACAUGCGCACGCUGGGUAGCAGCAGUGAGGACGCCACCCCGGACGCCCCUCCCGCUGAGAUCCUGGCAAACGAGAACAGCUGGUACAGCAGGUACAAGCGUCUGGAGCAGCAGUACCGCCUGUCCUGCGAGCAGAAGUGCUACCUGGAGGAACUGGUGCGCGUGCGCGAGGCGCAGCUCGCCGAGGCAACGGAGCAGCACACGGCCGGCGUGCAGAGGCAGCACGAGAUGACCCUGGGCUGGCGAGUCAAGCGGCAGGGCAUGGAGGCGACCAUUCUGGCGCUGCAGGCCGAGCUCUCGGGUUUCCAGAGCGGACACGUCAAGUCCGCGCAGGAUCUCGCCGAGCAGCGGCGGGGCGUGCUGCGCGAUGCGACGUUGAGUGUGGACCUGGGCCGGGAGGCGGAGGAUGUGCUCCUCGCAGCCAGCAAGGGUGAGCAAUGCGAGGCUGAAGGCGAGGUCACUCCACUGGCGUGCCUCCCGGCUAAGGUGGGCCACGAACACGACCCCAGCGAGCUUCUGAGCCCAACGGGAGAGCAGGAGAAGUGCUCGCUCGCCUGUUUCCAGAGACACCCCCAAACCGCCAAAAAUCAACCCUAAACAUUCAGCGUCUUGCGUCAUCUCCAUCAUCAUCAUCACCCCCACCGUCUUGGUCGCAAUCAUCAACCCUUUGUUAAGCAGCAGCUGUCCUUCCACCGUAUUGGUUUAUUUCUAAUCUCGGGAAUCGUUCGUCAAAAUCACUCGAUAUUGUCAAGGUCGUGUCGACCUCGCCUUGUGCAGCCACCGGCCCUGCAGCGUCGGUGAGCUGUGGGGGAUGGGGGGGAGGGAGAGCGCCGUUUGGCUACAAAAGAAGUCGGUGCCAUUACUUCUCCGUGCUCGACUGCUGAUUGGAGUAUUAUGCCGCUGUCUUCAUUGCGGCAUUUGCCAUUUGGCAGUAAGUGCUUUGUUCCAGGGGUGAGGCGUGGAAGAGGAUGGUGUUGAAUUGAAGACUCGCUUUGUCCAGAGGGUUCCAAUAAAACAUCAAUUCGUGAUCAUUAGCCCACAGGCGUGCUGCCUAAGUCUGGAUCUAACGUCCUGCCCCUUGUUACAUCUACUUUGUUUCACCGGACAAUAGCCAGCAAUGUGAUGUAUUAAUGUCUUACCAAGUGGACACGCAAAAGCGGUUUUGUUUUUCUAUUUUACGUGCUGCCUUCUGAACACAUAAGCUGUAGAUAAAAUGUACAAGCUUGGAUGAGCCACGUGUUUUAACAGCCUAUAAAGUCGCCACACCACUUGGGUUGGUAUGACCCAAUGGAAAAUCAAUGAAGCAUGACUUCUGCUUUUGCAAGGUAUGGGUUUCCGACACUCUGAUUCUUGUGAUACACCCAUGGUGUAUGCCUUUCGACGCACACCAGUUAUUUCUCUGUUUUAAUAUAAAUCAAGUUGUUACAUGCUGAACAUGCCUGGUGAUAAGUAAACAUGUACCAUCAAAUGUAGAGAGGGCAAUGUAAUUUGAAUUGGCAUUCUCCAUACAUCGUGUGAGACAUACUCGCCACACAUAGGAUCUCGAUCUCAACUUGAAUUGGCGCUGUCUGCAUCGUGUGGAACUUGUUUACUCGUCAUCAGGAAUGUGCGGCAUUUAUCAGCAACAAAUACUUUUGUCAGAACCCCCAGUCAGGCUUCGCACAGCAAGAGAUCAUCCAUGCUCCCUUGCCACCCCCGUGGUCUGGAGCUCCCAGCCAUCCCUGCUGUCCACUCACUGCCUCUGUUUAAUGACUGACUGCUUCUAUAAACAUACCCGUUUUUUCUGUACAGUUGGGUAUAUUCUCUAAGGGAAACCUUCUUUUCGAGGAGACGCAUAGGGCUCAUUUUUGUCCACAAGACCUGGGCGGUCAUUUGAUUGCAUAGUUCAUUUCUAACUGUGAUCGCCACGAAUCCAGGAUCGUUCUAAAUCUGCUUUCGCUGAUUUCAUUUACAGACAGAAGCGUGCGUCAAAAGAUCGGGAGCGAAUUUUUUUUUAAUACCUGUCCUGCUUUAAUCAAAACGUGACGCUGCAGUGCUCACACUUACUCGAACAGAAUGAAUCAAAUGCCUUCCCUCACAGACACAUCUCUCCGAACUGCCUCAUGUUUCCCGUGUGCUGCUGCUGCUGCUGCUAAUAACCCAGAUAAUUCAGCGGUUGAUCAGGAGAGGAGCCAAUUACUUCACGCAAUCACACCCCACCAAUGAAUACCCUCACUGAGCCUCUGCAGAGGUGUCAUCGCCUGGGGCUUAUGAGUGCCACGGGGAAUUCUACCUGCAUCUCCUCCGUCGUGUGUGUUUGCUUUGGGGUGAUUGGCAUGAGAGGCUCGGCAUGUGCAGCUCUCUCGGGCUCAUCUGUGCGGCGCAGCACCCUGGGUUUCACCGAACACUGGGGCUGGAGGUCAGCUCCCAAGCUCAUCCAUGGAGUGAUUUUCAUUGUUUUGUCACAUGCAGCAUUUGAGCAAUGUUUUCACAAACGUUUUUUCUUUUUGUAAGGCAGCAAUGCAAUGUCCCAUUCCUAACACCGACGUUAGCGCUCCAGUUUAAGGUUUGUGCCUUUGUAAUGUUCGCCACAAUUUUGAGGCUGUGUGACUAAAAAUGCAUUUCCAUGCAGUGAAAUCUAACAUUACCUUAAAGUCUUGAGUCAUAUCGACAUACGCAUUACAACCCAUUGUCUGCGUAUUAACUAAGGGCCUUACAUUUUUUACCUGCAAUGUCCCUCUAAACUUCUGUACAAAAAGUUGACUUUCCUGCACAAGGACUCAUUCUAUCAUACCUGAGAGUUUAUCGAUUGAAAUAUUAAAAAAAAAGAUUUUUAUCCUUAACAAAAGCGUGCAGUAUUUUUAUUUCAAAAUAA